UGCUCACCGCUAAGACGUCACAAAGGACUUUGCUGAAUAUGUUGUGGAGUAUGUGGCAAGCGUACGUGUGUGUAUGGCUGUGUGUCGUCGUGACGACGUAUUCUGUGUCAGUGAUAGACUUUGAGGACUCAGUGAUGGAUGUUGGUAACAGAAGGACGGAAAUUGAUUCAGUGAUGGACUUUGUGAAAGCGAUGACGCGAAGGGAUUCGAUGAUCGACGUUGGUAACGCGAUGAUGGGAAAGAAUUCAGUUAUGGACGGUGGUAACGCAAUGACGGGAAGGGAUUCAUUGAUGGACUUUGGUGACGCAAUGACGCGAAGGAAUUCACUGAUGGACUUUGGUAGUGCGAGCACAGGAGAGGAUUCAUUGAUCGACGUUAGUAACGCAAUGACGCGAAGAGAUUCAUUGAUGGACUUUAGUAGUGCGAGCACAGGAGAGGAUUCAUUGAUCGACGUUGGUAACGAAAUGACGCGAAGGGAUUCAGUGAUGGGCGUUGGUAACGCACUGACGAGAAGGGAUUCAAUGGUGGGCGUUGGUAAUGCGAGGACGGGAAAGGAUUCAGUAAUGAACGCUGGAAGUACGAAUGCGCGGAGGGAUACAACAUGGUGUGAGCCGUCACUCGACAUACAACUCAUCUAUCGCGGCAUGAACAGACUGACGCGUGGUUUCAAUGAUUACGGAAUGCGUACUUGUCCAAGUAGUCUCGGCGAUGUCAGUAACAACCCUCGCGACCCCAUCUGGCAACGUUCCAUCUGCCCCUGGUACUACACCGUCAGGCUCCUGGGAGACCAGUACUACCCACGACAGGUGUCAGAGGCUGUGUGUGCGUGCAGAGACUGUGUUGGGAACGACCUGAACCAGUGCGAGCCUGUCCAAUCUACCAUAGGUGUUUUAAGAACUCAUUGCGAGAACGGAGUGUUGCAGUAUGAACCCGUUAACAUAGAAAUAACAGUUGGGUGUACGUGUACGAAGCCUCGCACCGGUUGACGAAGGUUCACACUGAGGCAAGCAGAGGAGAAGAUUUUGUGACACUGACGUUACGUAAGGUCUUGUAAGACAUCUUUAGACAUAGUAAGGCGUUGUAAGGAAAUGUCGUUGAAAUGCAUGUUAGGGCAUUACUAUUACAGUUGAAAGCAGAGUAAGGCACGCCGACAUAACGUCCUGUGUUGUAAUGAUGUGUAAGCACUGUGGCAUCGUCUUAGGCUUUUACAAAGCACGACGACGUCGACAAAGAUAUUGCAACGUUGUUCAAGUCAUUGUGGAACAUUGUGGCGUUGUGCAAGUCAUUAUGACACAUUGUGGCGUUGUGCAAGUCAUUAUGACACAUUGUGGCGUUGUGCAAGUCAUUAUGACACAUUGUGGCGUUGUGCAAGUCAUUAUGACCCCUUUUGGCGUUGUGCAAGUCAUUAGACACAUUGUGGCGUUGUGCAAGUCAUUGUGACACAUUGUGGCGUUGUGCAAGUCAUUAUGACACAUUGUGGCGUUGUACAAGUCAUUAUGACACAUUGUGGCGUUGUGCAAGUCAUUGUGACACAUUGUGGCGUUGUGCAAGGCGCUGUGAUACUAACACGUAUGUCUUCAUAGUGACGCUGCGUAAGACGUCUUCACUAUAUUCUUUACAAGUUUCUUUCUUACUAUUUAUGGUAAUUUAUAGUAGUUUCUUUACGUUUUUUGUCGUCUCCAAGGCUGUACUGAAAUAAACGUCCACGGAUGUGGAAGUCCAGAUGUGUGGACAGUAUCUAAGGACGUCAGUCUCUUAUAGGGACAACUUGUUCUUAUCAUAUAUAUAAUCUAGAUAGUAUGAUGUAAACUUAUAAUUAUUGCCUUAUAGACUUGAGCAAGUCUACGGUAAAGUUUAAACUGCACGUCUCACUACCGAUUACUUGUCCGGGGUGUCACUAACCUAGAGAUUCCAUCAUGUCAUGGCAAUAAAACAUUCAUUGGA